CCGUUGCCUAGCCACCGCAAGCGCGGUCAGCAGCUUUGCAGGCCUGAGCCGGAGGUGGAGGCCGCAUAAGGGACCUAACGUGUUAAAAUGCUCGCUGGCCGGCGCGAGGACAGUUUCUUUUAGGGCUCUCAGAGAAUUCCUUUGCCAGUCUUGAAUGAGCUAAGAGGACGAAAGGGUCAUGCCAACUGGCAUCAUAUAAUACAGAGAGAACCUGCUUCAUCAGGUGCAAACAACCAAGCGAGGUGAUCCUCAUGAGUUAAGAAACAUAUUCCUCCAGUAUGCCAGUACUGAGGUUGAUGGAGAGCAUUACAUGACCCCAGAAGACUUUGUCCAGCGCUAUCUUGGACUGUAUAAUGAUCCCAAUAGUAAUCCGAAGGUCGUGCAGCUCUUGGCAGGAGUAGCCGAUCAAACCAAGGAUGGAUUGAUCUCCUAUCAAGAAUUCUUGGCAUUUGAAUCUGUUUUGUGUGCUCCAGAUUCUAUGUUCAUAGUGGCUUUCCAGUUGUUUGACAAGAGUGGAAAUGGAGAGGUGACAUUUGAAAAUGUCAAAGAAAUUUUUGGACAGACUAUUAUUCAUCACCAUAUCCCUUUUAACUGGGACUGUGAAUUUAUCCGACUGCAUUUUGGGCAUAAUCGGAAGAAGCAUCUUAACUACACAGAAUUCACACAGUUUCUCCAGGAGCUGCAGCUGGAACAUGCAAGACAAGCCUUUGCACUGAAAGACAAAAGCAAAAGUGGCAUGAUUUCUGGUCUGGAUUUCAGUGACAUCAUGGUUACCAUUCGGUCCCACAUGCUCACUCCCUUUGUGGAGGAGAAUUUAGUUUCAGCAGCUGGAGGCAGCAUCUCACACCAGGUUAGCUUCUCCUACUUCAAUGCAUUUAACUCCUUACUGAAUAACAUGGAGCUUGUUCGUAAGAUAUAUAGCACUUUAGCUGGCACAAGGAAAGAUGUCGAAGUCACAAAGGAGGAGUUUGCCCAGAGUGCCAUACGGUAUGGACAAGUUACUCCACUAGAAAUUGAUAUCCUCUACCAACUUGCAGACUUAUAUAAUGCUACAGGGCGCUUGACUUUGGCAGAUAUUGAGAGAAUAGCUCCGUUGGCUGAGGGAGCCUUACCUUACAACCUGGCAGAACUUCAGAGACAGCAAUUGCACGGUUUAGGCAGGCCGAUCUGGCUCCAGAUUGCCGAGUCUGCUUAUAGAUUCACUCUGGGCUCAGUUGCUGGAGCUGUGGGAGCCACUGCAGUAUAUCCUAUAGAUCUGGUGAAGACCCGCAUGCAAAACCAGCGUGGCACUGGCUCUGUUGUUGGGGAGCUGAUGUACAAAAACAGCUUUGACUGUUUUAAGAAAGUCUUGCGUUAUGAGGGCUUCUUUGGACUCUACCGGGGUCUGAUACCACAGCUUAUAGGGGUUGCUCCAGAAAAGGCCAUUAAACUGACUGUUAAUGAUUUUGUCCGGGACAAAUUUACCAGAAGAGAUGGCUCCAUUCCACUUUUAGCAGAAAUUCUUGCUGGAGGUUGUGCUGGCGGCUCUCAAGUCAUCUUUACUAAUCCAUUGGAGAUAGUAAAGAUUCGCCUACAGGUAGCUGGAGAAAUCACCACAGGACCCAGGGUCAGUGCCCUGAAUGUUCUCCGGGACCUGGGACUUUUUGGUCUGUAUAAGGGUGCCAAAGCGUGUUUCCUCCGAGACAUUCCCUUCUCUGCAAUUUAUUUUCCUGUUUAUGCUCAUUGUAAACUACUUCUGGCUGAUGAAAAUGGACACGUGGGAGGUAUAAAUCUCCUUGCAGCUGGAGCCAUGGCAGGUGUGCCUGCUGCUUCUCUGGUGACCCCCGCUGAUGUCAUCAAGACAAGAUUGCAAGUGGCCGCCCGUGCUGGCCAGACAACAUACAGUGGUGUCAUUGACUGUUUCAGGAAGAUACUCCGGGAAGAGGGGCCCUCAGCAUUUUGGAAGGGGACUGCAGCUCGAGUGUUUCGAUCUUCUCCCCAGUUUGGUGUUACCUUGGUCACCUAUGAACUUCUCCAGCGGUGGUUUUACAUUGAUUUUGGAGGCCUCAAGCCCUCUGGCUCAGAACCGACACCUAAGUCACGCAUCGCAGACCUUCCUCCUGCCAAUCCUGAUCACAUCGGUGGAUACAGACUGGCCACAGCCACUUUUGCUGGCAUUGAAAACAAGUUUGGCCUUUAUCUCCCCAAAUUUAAAGCUCCUAGUGUUGCUGCGGUUCAGUCAAAGGCAGUGGCGGCGGCCGCUCAGUGAUGAGACAACCACUGAGUGUGGCAAAACGGUUGCCCUGGAGAGAGGGGCCUCGAAGAGCAGCCCUGUAAUGUAUCCAGUCAGCUGCAUGGUGCUGACUGAGCUGAGGAGUCAAACUAUUCUUUCUAUAUGACAUAUACAUAUAUUUGUUUAUAAAGUAAUCAUUUGCCCAGGAAAAAGCGACAACGCAGUUUCAAGCUUUAGUCUUAAGUGUUGAAAUGUUUUCUAAGCCUUGGCAUGAAUUAGUGUUCUAGACUGCUUUGCACAGCUUGCACUUAUAGUGACUGUACAUAUUGUACAUCUUUGUACAGAGACAUCUUGGCACCUCAUCCCAACAAAUCACGUUUAUAGAAUGUAAUGCGGUUCUAAGUGGCUUGAAAUGUACAGAAUGUUUUGAAAGUGUUUUAUUAAGAGUCACACACAAAUAAAUGUAUUAAAAUUAAAUUCAUUCUCUUAUUGGUGACUUAUAGAAAUAAAGCAUCAAUAUUGGAUGUAUUUAAUUCCCAGCUCGUUUUCCAUUCUGGAAUAAAAAGGUAUUUGCUGAUAAGGAGGCAUAAUGAGGCCAAGUGCUUACACCAUUGAAUAAGAGAUCCUUGGAAGAUGCAUGCUAGUAGAUGCCAGAGGACCAGGCUGAUGACUCGUGUGUGCUGAUGUGUUUCCAUUUGUAUUUAAUAUGUGUAUAGAUUCUCCUCUGUUCAUCAAUCAAAAGGCAUUUCCUAGACAGCUCCUCUCCUGUCAGUGGGCAUACGGAAAUAGGGAUGUCUCCAGCAUUACUGGCUUAGUUUUGCUUUCCUCUGACACAGCAAGGCAAGGGCCUAGCUUUUAAGAUUAAAAGAUACUUUGGCAAUUUUCCUUCAUAUGGACAUGUUUCCAAUCAAAAAUAAAAUGCACACCAAAAUGUA